AUGAGUGAUAGGACGAACAUGGAGAGCAGAGAAGGAGACUCCGAACAUAUGGAGGACUCACAAAUGGAGGAGAAUGACAACACGAGCAUCGAAUCAGACUCCGAUGGAGAGGAUAUUGAGGACGCGGAGUUCAACCGCGAGGAAGAAUCUUCCGACGAGGAGACCUCGCAGGAUCGCCAGUUUCUGGACGACUCAUCGCAACCUCCCAUCGCCCCGGUCUCAGAGUGCGCUCGGAUGGACGCGGAGCUUGGGCAGUCGGACACGGAGUCGCCAGAUCGAUUCCAGGGGGGGCGCAAGCGCACCAAACGCAUUGACGACAGCGAUGACAGCGCAGAGCCCCCGCCCCUCAGGACAAGCCGGCUUAGAGUCACGUUGCCGUCCGACUCGUCAUCGUCGUCUGACGAGGACGUGCAAGAGGCAGGUGAAGCCACUGAGUCGAGCCCUGAGGUCGGAGACCGGUCUGCCACGUCGAGCGAGUGGGGCGACCGUCCUGAUGACGACGAUCCUACGUGGGAUUGGGACGAUGAGGGGGAUUCGGAGGAGCUGCGCGAGUUCUUUGGGGUCUGCCGCAUCGAUCUCGGGUUCGAGCUUAAUCGCACGGAGUCGCAACAGAGACCGAGCCCAUCUAUCGAAGAUUCUGUACCGGCAAUCGAUCCCGUCCUGGCCGCCGCUUCUGCACCGGCAAUCGACCCUGUCCUGGCCGCCGCUCAUCAUUUCCACAGCCUCGGCGUUGUAACAGUCACCCACGACCUUUUCGAGAAGAAGUUUCCAAACGGUCAAGUCCGGAAGCAGCCGUGCAACUGGGGCUCCGAGUCCAAGCCUUGGAAGGAGGCAAACCUCGGCAACUGCCUCCAGGAGUUCGCCAAGUCGGGGCGCAACUCCAUUGCCAUCAUCACGGAGCAAUCGGACAUCUAUGCCCUCGACGUUGACGACAAGGACGGGGGCUUUGAAGCACUCGAGCAAAUGCUCGAGGAGCAUGGAGGGUUUCUGGAGGACACGCCCCGAGUACUGACGGGGAAUGGGGGGGUGCACAUCCUCUUCUCUCUGUCUCUGUCCGAGAAGGCCGGCCUGUGCAACUCCGGCAACAAGGCAAAGAUUCGGUACAAGGGCAAAGCGGUAGGCAUCGACGUCCGUGGAAGGGGAGGAAUGCUGUACACCGCACCCAGCAGCUACACAGGCCUCGACGGCACGCUGCGCUGCUACAAGUGGGACCACGAGAUUCUGCCCGACCGCUCCAACCUCCGAGCCGCGCCGGACUGGCUCAUCUGCAUCCUAAACGGCAGUGAUGGACCGCCAAGCGGGAGUGCGGCGGUGCGUCAGGACGAGAACGGGGCCCGGGGCUCGCAGGCUGUACCUUUCGGACCUCCUCGUCCUGUCGAAGGCCCUCAGCCAACUCCCCCAGCAGCGGUCUUGGAGCGCGUCAAGGCCUGUGUGGCUGCCACGGGCGACACCGCCUCCAGCUUCGAUCGCCUCAAGAUGGGCGACAGCGGGCCAAUGUACGUCUUCCGGGUGGCUGGCCCGCGUUGCUGCCCGUACGGCAACCACCACAAUGGUUCCAACAACUUCUCCGUGCUCGUGCGCAAGAAGGAUCUGCUCUAUUACUGCAACAGCUCGGAGUGCCAAGGGGUCCGCCCUCUGCUCAAGAUCGGGGAGCUCACGCGCUCAGAGGCGGUGAUUGAGGCGAGACCCGGGCUUUCAGUACUGAUGACGCUGCGUUUCGAUGGAGAAAGCUGGUGGUAUUGGAAUGGGAGGCGCUUCGUGCGCGACGAGAAGAGCGCCUUCUAUGUGAAGAACGUGCUCAUCAAUCAGCUCAGGACCGUCUACGCGCGGGUGAGGGACGAGUGGAAGGCAUCUAUCGAGAGAAACACCGACGAGAAGGAGCAAGAGGCGUUGAUGGAGCAGCUCAAGCGCCUGCGCACCUACAACAACAGCCGAAAAAUCACCAGUACGCUGGAACUCCUCCGCGGGGAGUUGGUCGAUUUCGACUUUGCUCAGCAGCUGGAUGCAGAUCCGGACAUCUUGAACGUAAAGAAUGGAGUGCUCCUUCUGAGGACCGGCGAGCUCGAUGUGCACCGGCCCCAGUACAUGUGCUCCAAGAUCGCGGAGACGGACUUCAUGGGGAUGGAGUUUCCCACUCCGCGCAUGGACGCCUUUAUAGGCGACAUCUUCAACCACGACGCUGAGCUGGUCGACUACGUACGGAAGCUGUUCGGCUACGCCCUCAAUGGCCAUACGCGGGAGGAGGUCUUCGUGCUCUUGCUCGGAAAGGGAGGAAAUGGAAAGGGUGCCCUGAAGGAGAUGCUGCAAGCUGUGGCCGGUGAUUACUACGGCACCAUGUCCAAGGACGCGGUUGUUACGGCACCUGGCCAGAGGGCCCCCUCUAAGAACGCGCCUACAAACUACCUUUACGAGUUGAUGGGCAAGCGGCUUGCAAUCACUGACGAGACGGCGGAGGGGGAGCAAGUGGACCUCGGUCUCGUCUUGGCGGUGACGGAGGGCGGCUCAAUAAAAGCGCGGUGCCUCUACAUUAACAACGUCGAGUUUGUUGUUACGCACACACCGUUUGUGCAGACAAAUUACCCUCCUGUGAUCUCCGCGACAGCGAUCUUGGACAACGUCGAGCGCCGACUGCGAGCGAUCCCGUUCCCCAACACCUACGUUAGAGCAAACGCUUUUGACCCCACGAACGCAACCCACCGCCUCAGAGACGACAACUUGAAGGGACGCAUGAAGGAAGAGGAGUCGCGUCGGCAGAUCCUUACUUGGUUAGCGCGCGGCUCGGUGGAGUGGUACGCCAGUGCAGAGGGACUUGGUUCUCCCCCCAAGGCCGUGAAGGAUGCAACGGACGAGUACCUGCGUGAAGCGGACAAAUUCCAGCUGUUCAUCGACCAACACUGCGAGGUCGGAGAAGGAUUGUCGACACUGCAGGCCGAAUUCGCGGCCUGCUAUGCGCAGUAUUCCACCGAGAGGAUCUCGUAUGAGGAGUUGAGGAGGAGGAUGGAUACGAAAGGAUUCAAGAGGGCCAAGAACAAUGAUUCGCCACGGCAGUUCUACUAUCCGAGGAUUAGGUGCUCUUACACUACUUAA